AUGAAGUCACUUCCAGCGUCGGCUUCGGAGCCCACUGCACUACCAAACACGACCGCGCACACGACCGAGACGGCUACUGCCCCUUCAACAGACACUGCAAAACCCCAUACACAAGAAACAUUGUCGCAAGAGAGUAUAGAACCUGUACAAGCUGCGUCCACCUCGAAACCCGCCCCACCCGUCGAUUUCAACCGCAGCGAGACCGAAGCAAUCGGCCCCUCGACCGACACCCCUGCCGCGAACCCAGACAGCUCCAAUGGCCCUGUCGUCGUUAUCAUGCUGCUGCUCACGACCGGAGCACGGCACCCCUACAAGAUUGACGAGAGAUAUCUUAAGAAACGUAACGUCACCGUCGACGACAUGGAUCCGUACAACGUCAGCGUCUACACGCUCAAAGAGUUAAUAUGGCGCGAUUGGCGAGAAGAAUGGGAGCCGCGACCGACCUCACCAAGUUCAAUACGACUGAUACACUUCGGCCGUAUGCUAGAUGACAAAUCGCCAUUGAAAGCUCCCAACGUCGUGCACAUGACCGUUAAGCCCCAGGAGAUAGUUGAUGAGGAGGACGCAAAGACCGGCAAAGGCGGCAAAGCAAGAGAUGGAGACGAGGAGACUCACGCGGGCUGCCGUUGCGUUAUCCUCUGA